GUUGCUCCAUUGGCUGGCGCCGUGACGCUGUGGUUCGGUGACGCGCUGCCUGUCGGGAUCCCUGUUGUCGGUGUUGGCGGAGGUUCCGGGCGGUGGACUGGGCUGCAGAAAGGACUACAAUACAAACAGGAUUUGUGUCCAGCAGUCUGAAGUUUUUCCUCGGCCCAGAUAUCAGCUUAAGCAUGCAAGGCAAUGAAUGAACUAGGCAAGUGGCAUAAAUCAAGAGAGUCUCUAGAUAAGUGGAUUUAGACGUGGACUCAAAUCCAGCUGCUGUGGAGUAGUGAAAUACGCCCGAGCAUGUGCUGACCAAAAGAAACUUCUCCGUCAAGACCAGACCCUCUAAGUGCCUUGGUGAAGAUGGGGUUUGGCAUGGAUCUUAAAUUUUCACAUGAUGCUUUGCUAAAGCUUCAAGAUUGGGAGCUGCGCCUCCUGGAAACUGUGAAAAAGUUUAUGGCUUUGAGAAUUAAAAGCGACAAGGAUUAUGCCUCUACUCUACAAAAUCUUUGCAAUCAAGUUGAUAAGGAAAGUGCUCCUCAGCUUGACUACAUCAGCUGUGUAUCCAAGUCAUGGCUGCACAUGGUUCAGCAGACAGAGCAGUUGAGUAAGAUCAUGAAAAGUCAUGCAGAAGAGCUCAACGCAGGACCGCUACACCGCCUCAAUGUCAUGAUCAAAGACAAGCAGCAAGUGAAAAAGAGCUACAACAGCAUUCACCAGCAGAUCGAGGCCGAGUUGUACAAGGUAACAAAAACGGAAUUAGAAAAACUGAAGUUGAGUUACAGGCAGCUAACAAAAGAAGUGAAUUCAGCAAAGGAAAAAUUUAAAGAAGCGGUGACGAAAGGUAAAGAGUCAGAAAAAGCCAAGGACCGAUAUGACAAAGCCACUAUGAAACUCCACAUGCUCCAUAACCAGUACGUGCUUGCCCUGAAAGGAGCCCAGCUUCACCAGGAUCAGUAUUAUGAUUCCACUCUCCCUCUUCUACUGGAUUCUCUACAGACCAUGCAGGAGGAGAUGAUCCGAGGCCUCAAAGGGAUCUUUGAUGAAUAUUGCCAGAUUACCAGUCUUGUGUCUGAUGAAAUUGUGGCUGUGCAUAAAGAAAUAGAGAUUUGCGUCCAAGAAAUAAAUCCGAGCACAGAGUAUGAAAACUUCAUUGAGAAACAUAAGUCACCAGAGACCAAGAAAGAGGACAUUGAAUUUGACUUGUCUUUACUUGAAGAAAUUGAAAAUCUGCAGGCUAAUGAGAUCAUGUGGAACAGUCUCACGGCAGACAGCUUAAAUUCAAUGUUAAAAACCGCAUCUGAGGAGCUUGCGCAGACACAGCAGUCACUUACCAGUAAAGAGCAGCUUCUGGCUGAAAAGGAGAGAGAGAUGCAAGAAUCUGCAGACGCAUGUGAAAAUAAAUCUGAUAUUGUGCUGUUGUUGAGUCGAAAGCAGGCUCUGGAAGAACUAAAGCAGACAGUUCAGCACCUGAAAUGUGCGGAAACCAAGCUGUCUGCUCAGAAGGAGCUACUUGAUCAGAAAGUUCAAGAGAAUGAAGGGAAGGAACCGCCUCCUGUAGUAAAUUAUGAAGAGGAUGCAAGAUCGGUAACUUCUAUGGACAAAAAAGAACGGGUGUCAAAGUUUGAUACAUUACGCCAUUCAAUAGCUGGGAUUAUACGAUCUCCGAAAUCAAUGCUUGGAUCUUCAUCAUUCUUUGAUGUCAUUUCCACGAGUGAGAAACCUUUGUCAGAACAAGAUUGGUAUCAUGGUGCGAUACCAAGAGUUGAAGCACAAGAGCUAUUAAAGCAACAAGGAGACUUCUUGGUCCGAGAAAGUCAUGGGAAACCUGGUGAAUAUGUCCUUUCUGUGUUUUCAGAUACACAGCGGAGGCAUUUUAUCAUUCAGUUUGCUGAUAAUUUAUAUAGGUUUGAAGGGACUGGCUUUCCAACAAUUCCACAGCUUAUAGAAAAUCACUAUACUACAAAACAAGUGAUAACUAAGAAAUCUGGAGUGGUUCUGUUGAAUCCCGUCGUUAAGGAUAAAAAAUGGAUCCUCAAUCAUGAAGAUGUGACUCUUGGAGAAUUACUGGGCAAGGGCAAUUUUGGUGAGGUUUACAAGGGAACAUUAAAGGAUAAAACACCGGUUGCUGUGAAAACAUGCAAAGAAGAUCUUCCUCAGGAAUUAAAAAUAAAAUUUUUAUCUGAAGCCAGAAUACUGAAACAGUAUGACCAUGUCAACAUCGUGAAGCUUAUCGGAGUCUGCACGCAGAGACAGCCGAUAUACAUUGUCAUGGAACUUGUACCAGGUGGUGAUUUUUUGACCUUUUUAAGAAAGAGGAAAGAGGAGAUGAAAACGAAACAGCUUGUAAAGUUUUCUUUGGAUGCUGCUUCUGGCAUGGCCUAUCUGGAGUCUAAAAACUGUAUACACAGGGACCUGGCAGCUCGAAACUGUCUUGUAGGUGAAAAUAAUGUUUUGAAAAUCAGUGACUUUGGCAUGUCUCGUCAAGAGGAUGAUGGAAUAUAUUCAUCUUCUGGUUUAAAACAGAUUCCUAUCAAAUGGACAGCGCCAGAAGCCCUUAAUUAUGGACGAUAUAGUUCUGAAAGUGACGUGUGGAGCUUUGGCAUUCUUCUAUGGGAAACGUUCAGCUUGGGAGUGUGUCCUUAUCCAGGAAUGACCAAUCAGCAAGCCCGGGAACAAGUAGAAAAAGGUUAUCGAAUGUCUGUUCCACAGAAGUGCCCAGAGGAAAUUUUUAAAAUCAUGCAGCGGUGUUGGGAAUAUAAGCCAGAAAAUCGCCCAAAGUUCAUUGAGAUGCAGAAAGAACUUUCUUCAAUCAAAAAGAAAAUUACAUAGUACCAAACCCACUGAUGGACACUUACUUACCUUGUAGCAUAGUAGUUCUGUUUGGCAUAUUUCUUAAACACACUGCAUUUACCAAAUACUGCCGUCAUCUUGUCUAGUGAAUCUGCAUGUGCCUUCUUACUGAACAGCAUCAUGGACACCACCUGAAAUCUAACACUUGUGCUCUGUAUGUGCCAUUAAUGUAAAGGUGUGGUGCACAGACGCUAUGCCUUCUCUUUGUAUCUUUAGAGAGCUCAAUCUUACGUUUCUUUAUAUCGUCCUAUUGACACUGCGUAGAAGAUAAUGGAGUUUUCAUUGUAGACAAUGGCACACAAUCGAUUCUGAAACUUUUGACAUUUACACUUUGUACUAAGUGCAGAAAUAUCACUUUCCGUCCAUAGAUACAGUGUAUUUAGUUAUCGUGGACCAAAUGUUACCUUGAAAAUCUGACUUAUGUUUUUGAACUUUCUUUUCGUUUAUUAACUCAAGCCCCUUGAAGACCUAAAAAAUAAAAUUCAGCAAUAUAUAAAAGGAAAUAGCAUCUUUACCUGGAAUAUUAAAAAAAAAGCUACCUAUUUAUACAUAUAAUAUACAAGCCCUUAAAGGGGUUGUCCGGUUUCAGAUGGAAACCAGAUAAAACAGGAGAUCGAUCUACAAUAAAGAAGUAAUCAUUACUUCCCUGGCAGGUACCGCACCUACACUCCUGUUCUCUGUUUACCCAACUGCAACAGUGAUAUCACUUUGAUAACGUGAUGGCUGCAGCCAGUUAAUGGCCUCUUCGGUGUACCACUGAGGCCAGCGGUCAGUUGUUAUCAUGAGGACACCAAGUAAACAGAUCCAUUUUUAAGAUUCUGUUCAGCAGUUAUUAAUUCUAAUUGCUUCUUCUAUGUUUUCCAAAAGUGACAAUGGAAAGUACAGAUAUCAGUGAUCCUAUAGGAUCGGAUCCCAUAGGGUUGCCAAUUGUCAGCUCUUGAAUGGAAAUUGUUUAGCCAUGUAGCAUUUAAAGGCCAUGCAAAGUUAGGAAAACAUUGGUGAUGAUAUUUUUCAUUCUAGUUUGUAAUCCACAGAAUGUUUUCUUUUAAUGGAGGAAUGGCCUGUAGUGUCACUUUUCAGCCACAUAAAUGUAUUGUUAGAUGUAGAGUACUGCCAGGGGUCAACAAAAGCUCUUAGAUGAUUUUAAGACUUUACACCUCAGGAAAACAUGGUUUAGGUUGGUGAUCCGGGAAGGGGGGGGGGGGGGGGGGGAGUUUGUCUUCUACUUUUUUUUUAUUUAACCAUACAUUAAAUGGAAUGUGUUAUCACAAAAAUAACCUGUUCAAAUAACUUUUAUGCUAAACACAUUUUUUAAGAAUCGUUUUUGUUAAUUUUAAUGUUCCAUGUCAUUUAUAUAUUUUUUUUUUUAAAUCCAAAAAUCCUGCAAUUUUCACAUUGGUUUCUAAGCCUAACAAUAGACUGAAAUUGAAAGUGAGGGCGAGCACUCAACACCUGGAACCAGUUAGUGGUACAUAAAAUUAUUUAUUAAAUCCCCAUAUAACAAUAUGACAUAACAUACAAAUGGACCAUAUAAACUAAAAUACAAUAAAAUACAAUAAAGAUGCCACUUAGAAAAUGGUUAAAUAAUAACAGUCUCUUCUAUUCAAGGCUGAUAAUGUAGCAAAUGAGUAAUACCGCUGUGUUACAGUGUCCCAUGCGCAUAUAGCAAUAGUCAAUGGAUUUAGCUGGCUUUUAUGUGCUACUCCAAUAACGGCCCAACAGUAGUGCAGAUGGAUUCAGUAAUGUCCGCCACCACAUAUGAACAGGACUUGAUAUCCUUAGAUGCCAAUGAUCUUAUAAACAUGCACCUUCCGUUGGUAAGCCUCACCGCAUGAGGUUUGAACUGAUAAUGUUCCUACCUUCCUCUGGUUUCGAGGACGUCCCGCCGGACGUGUGCGGUGGAUGGGCUGCGAGCGGCUGUUCCGGCGUCUCGCUCGUGGUGUCUGUGAUCAGCUGUUCCCAGGUCUCGCGGGAUUUCGGAAGUAGUAUGUCCCUGGACUGCACAGCAAUGAUUAGAAAUUCUGUACUUUGCGUCUCAGGGAUCUUGCUUCUUCCGCUAGUUAAAUUGUUUGCAUGGCCAUGCGUCUAUUGCGGAGGUGCUUCUGAUACAGGUGUAUCAUUCUCGUGUAGGUGAUACAUUCUCUUUAAUGAAUUGAGGGUCCCAUUAAUAAUUUAUUUGAACACGUUGCUUAGAUUUCUGUAAUGUCAUGGGUUUAUAGGAGAUGUAUAGCACAGCUGUCUAAAAGAACACUCCACUUUUACAUUGAUAACUGAACAAAAAAGUUGGGCAACUUUCUAUGUAAUGUCCUUUACUUAUUUCAACUAUAAGUUUAUAUAUUUUUCCAUUCACACCAAAAGUUAAAAAAAAAUCAUGCUGGGUUCUUUUUUUGUAAUCUGAAUGUGGUUUUUCUGUACUUUAUAGAUUCCUGUCAUUUCCAGACCCAGAGAAUUCAGCGUUUUCAGAAUGUGCUUUCUGCAUUAACUUGGGCCCAGCAGAAUUUUACAAGAUGUAUCAAGCAGAUCGUUUGCAGAGAUAAUUUAAUUUUAUACAUACAUUUAAAGGGGUUAUCCCAUCUGGAUACCUAUGAGACCUGCUCCAGUCUCCAGUCUCACUGUGAACGCGGAGCAGACUGGACAUUUACUGAUAUUGGACAAACAAAAAUAGAAGAGCCAGCUAAUACAGUACAACUACAGUAUUUGUACCCAACAUAUAAAAAAUGUUCUUCUUUCCCUGCCAUUUGUUAUAUAAGCUUUGACAGGUUAUUCCAGUGGUGUACUCAGUCUUGCACAAACUAUUUAGCAAACUAUUUAUUAAUUCAGUAUAGUUACCGGUCUAUAAAAAGACAGUGGACAACGGCAUCAACUAAAAUGUGUGGUAACAGCGACAGUAUUCUGGACCUGUUUAAUUACACAUCAAACGAAUGAGAAUAGAAGUGCUGGACAGAGGUUGACAACUUUUUGGAUUUAAUUAAACUAAUUACUGCAAUAGUCUCAGCCAAAAAACCGCUUUUUACACAGGCUGCAUGAAGAAUAACUUCCUCUGAAGGACAAACGGUAUAUGAAACACAUCAAAUUGUCACUGCCACCUGGCACGUCCAUUGACGUUAUUAAUCAUGCAGAAAUAAGUAAUUUGAGGACCUAAAUAACAGGAUCAACAUAACUUACUUUCAUGAGUCUUUACUGUUAAAAUUUGCUUUGGUUUCUCUCCCUCUUUCCCUACUGCAAUGCAAGGGGGUCCCAUGUUUUCUGUUGCUUGAUCAGUUGGUAAAAUUAUUUUACCCCAUAAUCUACGACUAGCUGUCGGAACAGAGUGUCUGUGCAACAAAGCCAUAGGCACGUUGUGUGCUGUUAUUUGGCCCUUUGUUAUAGAUAUUUUUACAUAAAAAGUGCUUUAAGGGGAGUGUACCACCAUAAUGCCUCAAUUUUUUUAUUCUGCCCUUUAUUUCUCCAUAUAUAACCAGAGCCAUAUUGAAUUAUAAUGGGGCCCCAUAGACUAAUACAGGUGCCAUGCCACAAAUCUUUAGGCAGAUAGCUACUGUAAGUUCACACUAAGGGGUGCAACAGAUGUGAUGCUUGACUCUUUGAAUCAAGUUGACUUGAGGACCGUAGUAAAUGUUUAUUAGAUGCAUUUACAGUAGUUUGAAAAUAUAAUAUGAGCCAAGCAGUAAAUGGAGCAAUGCAUGCUUCCACUCCUAUGGAAGUGGAAUGAUGGAGGUAGCCAAUUUGAGCGCUUGGCUACCCACAUCAUUCCCCAGUCUGAAUGGAGAGGUAACGUGCAUGCUCAGUCGCUGCUCCAUCCAAACUCUUCCUCAUUGCAGACAUGAUCGUGAGGGUUCCAGCCUCUAUAACUAAGCAGUAAAUUGAGCAAUACAUGCUUUUACUCCAUUCGAAGUGGACUGUUCGAGGUAGUCAAGUUAAAGGAAAUCUGUCAC